GACUUCCCACUAGGCCCCCCACUAAAGGUUCCACUACCUCCCCGUAGCACCACAGGCUGCAGACCAAGCCUUUAAUCCUUGGGCCUUUGGGGUAUUCCAGAUCCAAGUAUCGUAAAGCGGGACCUCAGAAAGCUAGAGGAUUCUUGACAGAAGAGAGUAGGCUAUUUCAGAGUUUCCAGUACUGUGCUGUCUCCCAAGCCAAGAGUGGCUAAGACCAAAUUCCAGCAGUCUCGGGAUCUUUCCAACAGGGACAUCCCCCUGUCACAUCUCAUCUGGUUCCCUGAUAUGAGGUUUCUGAAGUCAGGAAAGUGUAGGGAAGCACUUAUUAGUUAUUUACCUGACUCCUGCAUGCCUUGUGUUCAAGAAAAUCAGUUUAUGUCAUACACUUCAACCAAAGAAAAUACCACUGUGAGCUUUUCAAAUUUCUUCCCCACUUCCUCUAUUAAGACUAUCAAGCUGCGAUACCACCCAGGUUAGAAGGGCCACCCACUCACCCUGGGCCUGAGAGCUAAGUGCUCUCCACCCAUUUUCUCACACCACCCCCCAUCCCCUGCCGUCUGACCUGCACUUCCUGCUCCGCAACAAGACAGGCAACCAUGCUGCUCUGGACCACUGCGCUGUUCUUGGCAGUUUCCUGUGUUGGAAAUAAUGUCUGGCUGGACCUUCAGUUCCUGCCGGACCCUGUAUUUGAAGGCGAGGUCUUGACUCUGAAAUGCCAGGGAUGGAUGCACACACAGCUGUCCCAGGUGACGUUCUACAAAGAUGGAAAACCCCUCAAUUGCUCUAAGAACCACCAAGUUUGCUUCAUAGAGACAGCAACAGUGAAAAACAGCGGCCAGUAUAGCUGCAAAGGACAGAAGACGUAUACCACACGCUGGCUCACGUACACCUCAGAGGCCAUCAGGGUUCAAGUCCAAGAGCUGUUCCUGCCUCCUGUGCUGAGUGCCAUCCCCUCUCCUGAACUUGGUGAGGACAGCCCAUUGACCCUGAGAUGUCAGACAAAGCCGCAUCCCCAGAAGUCCACCUGGCAGCUCUUCUUCUCCUUCCAUAAGAAUGGCCACAUCUUGCAGGAAAGGAGUCUCCACCCAGAGCUCUCCGUCCCAGAAGUCAAGGAGAGAGACUCUGGGCUUUACUGGUGUAAGGUGGCCCUUGAGGGUCACAGGGUCCAGAAACAGAGUCCUCCGCUGGAGAUCAAGGUGCAGGCUCCUGUGUCUCGUCCUCUGCUCACUCUGCAACCCAGGGCUGCUGGCCUUGCUGUGGGGGACGUGGUGGAGCUCCUCUGUAAGGCUGAAAGGGGCUCCCCUCCCAUCCUGUACUCGUUCUAUCUCAAUGGGGAGAUCCUGGGGAACUACUCAGCUCUUCACGGGGAAGCCGCCCCCCUUCGCUUCCUAUUGAAGUCAGAGCAGGACGCUGGGAACUACACCUGUGAGGCUGAGAACAUUAUCUCCAGAGCCAGCAGUAGGCCUGUAAAGCUCUCUAUGAAUGGUUCUCAAGACAUGUCUACCUUUAUCAGCAGCAACCAGCUGGUUGCCUGGCUCCUUGCAUGUGUGCUUGGCCUGAUGGUCAUUGCUGCUGGACUUCUAGCUUGUUUCAGACCUUGGAGGAAAGCUGGGACCCUUCGAUCCCGGAAUCUACCCUCAGCUCCAGGAGGAGAGCAGUGCCCGCUGUAUGCAAAUGUACAUUACCAGAAAGACAAAGGUGAAAAUGUUACCUACUCUCUGGCGCAUACAAAGAGGAAAGAAGCCAGGCCUGUGGAAAAGUUCACCUCACAGAGGUGAGGCAGAUGGAUCCCUGCUCUUUCCCUGCCCUCUGUCUUACAUCUGCUUCCUCAUCCUGAUCCAGCACUCCCACAGGACAAUUCUAUCUACCCAGAGAUGACACACUCUCAGUCCAAUAAACGUCCUGCAAAGUAUUGAAUCCAAGAAGCAAGACACACCAAGAUCUCUUCGGUGACUGCAAGGAUGUUCUCUACCAGUGAUGGCAUCCCCUCCCCCCAGCCUAUACCCAUACACAGCCUCCAGUGCUCCCCGCGCGGUCAGUGGUCUGUAGUAGGUCCUCUAGUUCCUGAGUCCAGCAAUGAAAGAGUCCCUGGGCCCUAAUACUGGUCAGAAACUCCUGAACUGUGGGCUCCCCUCUCAACAGAAGGCCAUCAAUGGUGUGGGAAGGGACAUCCCCUCCAGUACACACAUUUAGGUUGCAGAAGUGACACUGGACACAGCCACAGAUGUCUUAUUUCCACACAAGUGAAAAAGUUUCCUGAAAGAGAGAAAUAUUAUAUACAGAGAGAGAGAGAGAGAGAGAGAGAGAGAGAGAGAGAGAGAGAGAGAAUGCUCGAGCAUGAAUUCGUCUUGACCCUGAAAGGAAAAAGCAUCAAUCUCCACAUCCCAGAAGACUGGUCCUGGGGCAGGCAGCUCUGUAAUGAAUUUUAAGCUGCUGCCAAGAACCAUGAGUGACCACAAAGCUAAGGAGCCUCUCCGAGGUUCAGCAAGACCAAGGUCAGCCAGGAAAGUUUCUGGCCCAGAUACAUCAUAGAAUUCUUGACAACGGGGCCCAGAGCCCUCCAGGUACCAAGGACUCUGCCUUUACCUGCAGCCCCAUUUCUGUUCCUAGCCCUUCCAGUUCACCAAAGACAGAACUGAGGCUGGCCCAGAGCCCCUGUGUGAGCCCCUUACUGGUUUAAAGAGAUACGUGGUUGUAAAAUCCAUUCUGUUAAUAGAAAUAUAUCAAUUCA